GAGACAGUGAAGAAACAAGCAGAAUGAAUGCAACAUGGGAAGAUCCUAAGGUACAUGUAACUGUACAUGUAAUUUCAAUCCUCUCAGAUCCUCCUUAAGAUUGGUAGAACUGAGAUGCACUUGCUAGUUUGUUUUGUUGUUGGUUUUAUUUGCUUCUUUCAAACUUCAGCUCUGAGAAUUAUGGUUGCCGAAAAGAACCACACUUUUGCAUUUGUUGCAAAAAGAGGGAGUUGGAUUUUGGAUAAGAAUUCCUUUUGCUCCAUAAUUUCAAAAAAAGAAAAUGUCAAACCCUGCACUUAUGUAAUGUAAUAUUCAGAAUAAACUAAAAAGAAAAAGCUACAGUUAAAUCAUUGAUAGGAAAAGCUAAUGAUUGUUAAAUUCAGAUUGUAGGGAUAUUUUCAAGAGAGAAAUGUGUGACAAUAAAAUUGGAUCACAAGAGGUAAUUACUGAGUAAAAAAUACAAUUUUUCCUUUGGAAUAUAAAAUACAUUUAUUUGUAAUUACAAAUAAUAAUGUAAUGUAAUAUUUAUCUGUAACCAAUAGAUGCACUUCUAACAGGCACCAUCUGAACCUAAAAUGGGUUGAGGAACACUUUAGUGUACCUUUUGUAAACAUAUUUCUAUAAUUAGAGCUGUAGAAAUAAUCUUUUACCAAGGAAGUGUAAACAAUUAUCCAUAAGUUACUGCUACUUUGAGUUUUAACUCUCUCUUCCUGUUGUUGAGCAGAGCAAAGCAACUAAUUGAACAGAGGAGACUUGAGAAAGAGGAAUGUGAAAAUAAAGUGAGUCCAAGUUUCUAAUCUAAAUAUAGUUAUAAUAUUGUUUUUCUGGUUGUUAAAACUCAUGGUGUUGCUCUGCACUUUGUAAAUUAUGGAUGAAUUAUCCAGUAAAAUUAUUUUAAUGAAUAUUUCUGUGAAGUACACAAUACAGUGGCUAAUAUGUACAUGUCUGAACACCUUGUAAGAAUGAACGGUUAUCAGCUCUUAAUGAGAAUGAUGCCAUCAAUCAAUCUCCAAAUAUUUUUAUUUCUGUAAGGCAGAAACUUAUCAUUAUUACUGUCAUUAUUAUUAUAAUUAUAAUUGAUAUUGUCAUUAUUAUAAGUUGUAUAAUUGUUCUUAUUAAAAUAAUCAUUAGUAUUACUAUUAUUGUAAGUUUUAUGGUUAUAUCAUUAUCAAUUUUAUUCAAGUUCCCUUAAGGCUUUGUUUUUAUUUUGUCCAGAGCUUAAUGACUUUUUGAAGUGGUUUCUUUCUCUUGAAACAAAGCCUGUUCAUUAAUAGGCCAAAAUCAAGCUUAUCUGAGUUUCUGGAGCAUGAAGUCACUAGGAGUAAGGAAAUUCCCUCAAAAUGCAAUGCCAGUCCCUUUUAAGAUACAUGUAUCCCCUCACACUCUCUCAUGUUUCCCAAACAGUUUGACAGUACCCCAUUUAAAUGUUUAUAAACCUUGGUGGAGAGAGAUAUUGUGAGAUUAUAUUGUCUUGCUCUUAAGAACACUACUACAAAAUGAUAACCUUUGGAUCAUUUUGAUCUGCAGUCCAGUAUCCUACUUAUAGCCAAUAGGCAAUCAUGUUUAUUAACUUUGAGCUCAGUUUUUGGUGAGUUCAUGAAAGAUAAAUAAACCACUCACUCUGCAUUGCCACUUUGAUUCAGCAGAAUACCAAUUUAUUAUCUUCACCAGUGAAGAGAUGAUAGAGAGAAUUCUUUGCAUUUUAGGAAAUCAAGAAGGAAGAAUUUGAUGGACGUCAUCAGGGACAAGAACUUGGUAAAGCCAAAAGGGACCAAGAGGAGAGACAGGCACAAAAUAAUUUUUUGUGAAUCAAAUCAAAGAAGACAGAGCCCACAGGGAAGAGUGUGCCCACAGGAAAGCCGUGCAGCAGCAGAUUGCUAGAGAUAAAGCAGAAAGGGAAGCUAGAUGACAGAAUGAGGUGCAGGAGAGACAGCGUGCUCAAGCUGCCUCACCCUCACCUUCAACUACCAUGACUGGAGGCAGUGAGGGGUUGAGAAAGACUGAGUGGUAAGUAAGGUAGAAAUGCAAUGAAACAUGUCAUUUUUACAGGCUUUGAGUUCUUGAAUAUCCUUCACUUACAUUGUAAAAGUAAUUAAAGUACAUGUGAUUUAUAACAUCAGCCAUUACUUUAGUUAUACAUUGUUGUAUUGUAUUGUUAUUAACUGAUCUGUACAUGUAACAGAGACUUUUUGUUUUUACUCAGAAUUUCUGCCCGGCUCCAGUUUCGUCUUCCAGAUGGCAGUUUGUUAACAAACUCUUUCCCACCUGAUAAUCCUUUGGAGACCAUCCAACAGUAUAUCAUCACUGUGAGUAGUUGAUUUUUACAAGUACAUGUAUAACAAUGAGAAAAAUCUUGGGAGCUUUCAGGGAAUUGUCUUUAGAUAAGAAGAAGAGACUUUGUGGGAAAUGGCAAAGAUAGACCAUUUCUUAGGUCUGCAUUAGAUUCUUAAUUUUCUGCAACCUUGCCUGUGUGUUUCCAAACAAAGAUUCUCUUCAAGAUCUUUUGGUUUUUGUCAAUUGUCUUUACAGCCAUAAACCCCUCCAAAACUUGAGUCAGCUCUUUUGUGAGUAAAUUUGUUGAAAAUUUACUGAAAAUAAGUUUUAAUAAUAUGGAUCUUUUCAAUUGUUCUCAGCAACUAGAACCCAGUACCAGCUCAAUAACAAUGUACACCACCUACAUUGGGCAGGAGCUGACUGAAGAAGACCUGGUAAAGACUUUGGCUGAGUUAGGUCUGGCACUUAGUUCCACUUUAAUUGUAGCUGUGGUAAGUUUAAGAUCAAUAUUAGGUUGUUUUUUAAAACAUUCAUCCAUUGAAAAGAGUGAAUAUUCGUCUCAUGUGAACCUGGCACAUAGCUUGGCCUACUAAUGAGUUCUGUUUAACCCUUUAGCUCCCAGAGGUGAUUGGCUUGUAACUUCUCCCUAAAAAAUAUCCAUACAUUGUCCAGCAAACAGGUAAUGAGAAAUUACUCAAAGUUAUCGGGUAGAAGUUGCCAUGUUGAUCAAACACCAAAUUCUCAUCAAUCAUUUAAAAGGAAAUGUGUGGAAGCUAGAAAGGAGAAUUAAUAAUUAGAUCUUGGGAGUUAAAGGUUACACUUUGUAACUUAGUGUUAGAUAAUUGAAGUUGAAACUUUAGGAAAUCAAAGCAGGGUUGUGUUUUAGGAAAACUUGGGUGCCACAUGCAACCAACUUUAGCUUUUUUCUUCUCCUUCAUUCUCAAUGAAUGUUCUAUCUUUUUUGUUUUUUCUUGUUAUUUUAAUUGGUUAAUUAUAAUUGUAUUCUAAUUGUAUUCAUGAGAAAUGUUUCCUUAAAUUCUUUGAGUGAAUUUCCACAUUCCCCCCUAUCAUUUGAAGAAAUUUCCCAAAACUUAAAGACAUAAAUAAGCAGUUUACUGAACUGUCAUUUUACAGAAAGGUAGUAAUUCCCUCACUCCAUCUGGGACUUCAUCAUUCCCUGAACUGUUUUUAAGGAUUUUUUCACCUCUGCUCACAUCGAUUAACUUCCUGAAGGCUUUCCUAUUUGGUAGUGUGGAUCAGUCUAGAGGGACACAGAAUCCUCCUUCACAGAGAACAAACAGCAGCACACAGUCACAACCAUCAAAGUGAGUCUUGUUUGGUCGUUUACCUUUUGUAAACAGCUGCAUAGUUUGUUGUUCAAUUGUAUCAAACUGGUUUGGUUGUUUGCUUGUUGGUGUUAAGAAUGAAUUUUUUUCUGAAAAGCCACAAUAGAAAAAGCAAAAAGAAUUCCCUGAUAUUAAAGUAAGUUUUAAGAAUUUGAUUUUAUUGUCCAUUGUUUUUUUUUUGCUUGAUGUUAGACAGAUGAAAGUUUUAGAGAAUUAAACAGCUUGUGAAUGCUUGAAAGUGCACAUAUUUUUCCACUGGUGUCUCAAGACUGAUAUUCAAUGAUCACAAUUUGCAAAUAAAACAAAGAUGGUCUCUUGUUUUAGAUUGUUGUUUUCAGUGAGCAGUGAGUAGAAUAUUGCUUUUCGUGAAUUUGGGGUCAUAAGCUUUUUUUUUUGACAAGAAAAACAUGGCCAAAAUAAUAUUAAUAAUGAAAUAAACAGACUCUUCAUCAAAUUCAAAGUCAUGAACAACAUCUAAACUCCUUCCUUCAUAAGGAUACAUGCCAAUCUUUCUUGCUGAUUUUUUUUCCAUGGCAGUUCAACUGUAUGUCAUAGAGUCCCAGGUGGUGUUUCAUCUGUAAAGAAAGAAGGUGGAAUUCACCGUCUUCACAACAGAGAUGAUGAAUAUAACAUAUGGAAUGGAAACUCUACUCAACAGAUGUAA